CUCGAAAUUUUUGCUAUACCAAAUUUGUUUCUUUACGGAAAAAAACCGCACGCGUAAAAACGCCGAUAGUAAAAAUUUAUUAUUUAAAGCUGUUAAAAGCAAAUUAAACAACUGGAAAAUGGGUGUACAAAUUGUUCCAAUUGCUCCUGGUGAUGGUAGCACAUAUCCUAAGAAUGGACAAGUCGUUACCGUCCACUAUACUGGUACCUUGGAUAAUGGCACCAAAUUCGAUUCGUCCCGCGAUCGUAACAAGCCCUUCAAGUUCACCAUUGGCAAGUCCGAGGUGAUCCGUGGUUGGGAUGAGGGCGUGGCCCAAUUGUCUGUAGGUCAACGUGCCAAGUUGAUCUGCUCUCCCGAUUACGCUUAUGGUUCUCGUGGUCAUCCCGGUGUCAUCCCCCCAAAUGCCACCUUGACUUUUGAUGUCGAAUUACUCAAGGUAGAGUAAAGAAACGUAAGAGAAUUUUUUGAAACCAGCAUAUGGAACUUGAAGAUGCAUUUAAUAUUAAAACAAACCUUGAAACACAACAUCCCACAAGAUUAUUAAAAAUAUGUAGUUGUAAUACACACAAUUAUACUCUUCUACUCCAUAUAAUAUUAGAAAUAAUGAUUAUACAUACACUUUAAUAUUUAAUAACAAACUUUAUUAACUUACAACAACCAAACAAAACUUACAAAUAACGUAAAAUAUACCAACAAUUUUAUACUUACUCUAAUAUCUACAUAAUAACAACGGGAUGUUUUGUCCGACAUCCUUUUGUUUAAUUUUUCUUUUUUAACGUGAUGAUGAAUAUCGGGGGAUUUCCAACACCUUCAAUCCCCCAAAAAACAAACAAACUUAGUGUACUAUUAUUAUAAAACAAACAUAUAAUAUAUAUUAAACGUAUAAAUAUUAUUGGCUUAAAUAAAAUGAAUGCUUUUCUUAAUAAUUGUAUUUAGCUUAAAUCUUAUUAAAACAAAAUAUGAAAAAAUAACAUACUUUAUCUUAAUUAUAAGCUACUAUUCUUAAUAUAAAAAUAAUUUUUCAAAUCUUUUUGUGAAAAUUCCAAAAAUUAAAUACAUCUUAGAGAAUCGUCAGAAGUUGUAAACAAAA